AUGUCAACCCAAGCUGCUCCGGUCAUCCCUCCUCGACCGGCUCGAUCUCCACAACCAUCGUCGUCGUUAGAAAUGCCCAAGAUACCACCUCGCCCGGGCAACCGCCGUAAUGAUCGUUCAGUUUCCCCUAUGCGUGGUAGCUAUGCACCUUCGCCGUUCAAUGAAUGGACUGGUCCUAGCAUGAGCCGUACCGUUUCAAAUGAUCCACCCCCACGUCCUCCCAGCGUCACAAUACCGUCUCUUGGCGAGGAAGGGAUUGAAUAUGCGGACCUCGAUCCAGGCAACGUGUCGGAUAGCCAUCACCAGACACCCGCGGAGACUCGUAAUGUUAGCAGUGAUCUUAAGAUCCAUGCUCCGAGACCGUCCUUGCCCAUUUCAAGUGCUGAAGCAAAGGUUCAGGCUGUCACCCGCACUGACUCCCGCCAGGCUGCUGCGGCAGGCCUGGGCCGUGGCGUUUCACCUGCUCGUGAGGAACAAGAACGCUCAAGUCGUUCACUGAAUUCCAGAGCGAGUGGCACACGUGCCGAAUCCUCAACUGCAUCCAAUGAACGCCGGCUCUCUUCCCAUCACGGAGAGGAGCAGGGCUUCCGUGUGCCCAUGUACCCAAAUGCCGGUGACGUUCAGGCACCAUCUCCCAGCCCGUUCCUCGAAGGCUCGCAGCGGACGAGCCGCAACCACAACCGUACUCGUAGUGCUCGCGACUCUUCCCUGCCCCCUGGUAGCUAUGGUCUACACGGGCAUGGCGUUCAGCAUCCCGAUAAGUUUGAAAAGGCGUGGUACGAAAAGCACCCCGAUGAAUUCGUGAGGGAAGAAGGACAAUAUGGCCCCGGUGUCACUCCGCGUCCUGAUUGGGCAAUGAGUAGCGAUGAUCUGAACAAGAUUGUUAGAAGCUCAGCCCAGACUGGUUCCGGUCUUGGUACUUCCCCAACGGUUGUGGGCACCCCCGAAGAGGAGGUUGGGUAUAUCGCGUCCGACGAGUACAUACAUUCAAUUGCUUCUCCUCCCCUUGAUGCUCGACUCGAAAGCCAACCGGCUGUUGAGUCACCACUCCGACAAAUGACUUUCCCUUCAGAGGGUGCGCAGAAGCAAACCACCGCAAGCCCGCUGCGUCACCGUAGAUCCAGUUCGCACGGGCAUCGUGAGGGUGGCGUGAUCCAUGUGGAUGAUCCGAUGCAUCCUUUACAUCACCCGGACGGAUUUGCUCCGACCCCGGCGUUGGAAGACCAUGAGCCAACGUAUGAGAAUGCCGAGGAAGAGGAAGAGCCAAUUUUGGCUGCUGACGAAAUUCGCCCUGAGUCGGCGUACUUACAUCCCGCCGUCUCGCCAACAUUUGAUCGUCGGGCAAGCUUCGAGGAUGAUGGCCGCAGUCGGACCCCUAGUGUCCACAGCCGUUCUAACAGUCGAUCAGCAAGCGCGCAAGGUCAAUUCCCGGUGCUGACCCGCUAUGACUCGCGUGAGGAUACGCAUACGCCGCUUGAAGACGUCGAAGAGUAUGAGCCGCUGUUUCCUGAAGAUGAUGCCCAGAAAGAGAAAACGGUGUCAGCUGCGGAUCGUUUCAAGAAGAGGCCGGACACACUCAAGCAUAGAUUCCCUAGCCAGGAUAUCUGGGAGGAUGCCCCUAACAGCCUGCAGCUUCAUGCCACCGUCACCACCCCAGAUCUGCCUAAGCGAGAUUCUUCCGAAAUCUUCGAAACACCCGAGCAAGAGGCCACGCGCAGGAUGCAGAGCACCAAAGUCGACUCACAUCAGGUGGCGACCCACAUCCUGGAAGGCGAGAGUAUCAAGGACAAACUCCCCCCGCGACCAGAGACUUUGAAACAGCGUUUCCCCAGUAGAGAUAUUUGGGAAGAUGCUCCUGAUAGUCAUCAGCUGGUGACCACAGUUGAGCCCGCAAAAGAAGAAUUAAAAAGUCCAGAAGUACCUUCCAGGCCUGGAAUUCCCCCGCGCCCGCAGAGACUGACUCAGUCUACCUCACCGACCGAGAAACGCCAACCACCAACAAUUCCAGAUAGACCCAAGCCCCAGUUCCCUAACCGUCCCGCUAAGCCUGGCUCUCGGGCCACAGCAAGCUCCGCUGAAGCUCCGAGGGAAGCACCUGCAGUCAAGGCCAAGCCCGCAAUUCCUGCUCGCCCUGGUGGAAGCAAGAUCGCAGCCAUGAAGGCGGGCUUCCUCACUGAUCUGAAUUCACGCCUGCAGCUGGGUCCCCAGCAGCCCAAGCCUCAAGAAAAGGAGCCCGAGGAGACGGUUGAGAAGCAGCCCCUGAGUGAUGCUCGCAAGGGAAGAGCCCGCGGUCCAGCUCGACGAAAGCCAGCCGUCGUGAAACCCACUUCUAAACUGCCCACUAUUCCAGAGAUCAAGAUCACAGAAUCUCUCAAUGUCUGGCAAGUUGGCCAGGAUGGGAGUCUGGUUGUUGGGACCGGUGAUAACCACAAGUCUCCCAUCGCAGUGAAAGAACCGUCGGUGUUUGCUGUACAGCCAAUGGCCCCUCCAAUUGCCAGGAAUACAGCCGGCGAAUUUGUGGACCCAACGCCCGAACCUCCUGCUGUGGAGGACGUGACUCUGCCCGCAACCACAACAGCAGAUGUUCAGCCUUUACAGACCCCAGCAGAAACCUCAGAACCCGCUGAGUCGUCUCCGACGGCAACCGAAUCUUCAGAUAAACAGGAGAAAAAGGACGGUGUGGACGUAAAGCCCUCCGAGCCUGUCUCUGAACCUGCAGUUGUUGCCGCGGCGAUGCCUGAAUCUGUCUCGACUCCAGCUAAGCUAAAUGACGCCCUGGAAGACAUAGCUGCGUCAGCUGAUGGUAAGAGAAAGUCUGACGGUAGCAUUCACCCUGAAGAGUAG